AUGGCUACAUGGUGCUCCGCARUAAUGGUGUUGCUGGCAGUGGGUCGAGGCUUGGGCAGACCAGAAGCGCCGCUGACCGGUUUCGGCGGAAGCGGUGGCGGAUUUCCGGGGCUUACUCUGGACAGCUACGCAGCUCCUAUCAGUGGCGGCAGUAACAGUGGCCCUUACCCGAGCGGCGGGCCACCACCACAGUACGGGCCACCACAACAAGCGCCCGUCAUACACAAGCACGUGUACGUGCACGUUCCACCUCCAGAGCCCACUUAUUACGCCCCGAAGAAGCCUGUGCAGCCUCCACCACCACCACAGAAGCACUACAAGAUCGUGUUCAUCAAGGCACCAACACCACCACCACCCACCGUGCCGGACAUACCGGCAAUCGCGCCACCAGCGGAACAGAAGACGCUCAUCUAUGUGCUAGUCAAGAAACCGGACGAGGCGCCCGAGAUCCACAUCCCGACGCCCGCACCCACACAGCCAUCCAAACCGGAAGUGUACUUCAUCAGAUACAAGACCCAGAAACAAGAAGGAUACCCCAACUCGGUGGCAUCUGAGUAUGGAGCACCUGCGAGUCCGUCUCCAUCGAUCCCAUCGGACACGUACGGYUCCCCAUCACCGUCCACCGGAUACGGUGCRCCCAGUGGUCCAGGGUCACUGUACUGACCAGGAAUAAAACUACCACAGAAACAUGACCAAGACACUACAAUACGAUACUUACGUCGUCUAAUAUAUUAUAAUAUUAUAUAUAUCAACUAAAUGGUCCAAARAUAAAAACGAUUAAAAUAAAUAAUAAACAAGCAAUAUCAAAUAAAAUAAGAUUAUAACUAUAGGUUAUGCACGCCAACACACUGUGUAGUUGUACAUUAUAUUAUUAUUAUUAUUAUUAUUAUUAUUAUUAUUAUUAUUAUUAUAUUAUUAUUAAUAUUAUUAUAUCCGAACGUUGGACGAGGAUAACGUAUAUGUUAUUAUAUUUAGUGUUGCCAUAAGAUAAAUCUUAGAAUACGCGAAACUUCCGUUUCAAUAAUAAUAUAUUAGGUAUAUUUAAUAACCUAUUAUUUUUGUUAAAAAAAAAGAUGAUCUGUGGCCUAUCUAAAAUUUACAUAUACAUAAUAUAUUAUAAUAACAGAUAUUAUACUGCAGCCAAACUAUCGACCGACAUGAAUAUAAUAAAAUAUAUAUCGGAAAAAAUAUGAUUUAUUAUUAACACCCCACUACCACAACCACAACCCUCGUAUUACGUUUGCACUAAAUAACGCACUCCACUUCCGCCACAUUUUAAAGGACGUCUUAUAUUAUAAUAUUAU